GUGGUGAUUCUUAUCCCAAAAGUCUAACAUGUAAUUCUUUGCAUAACUCAAUCAGAGUUUAAAAUUGGGUGCAAGAAUCACAUGCUGUAUUCCUCGAGAAUUCAUCGACCGAAUAAUGUAAAGUUAAAAAGUCUUGCACAUGGCUGGUCGCUGGCAAACGCCCAACAAAGAGAAAAAGAAUCACAGAUUAAAGGCACAAGUAAGUAAUCAGUUCUCUGCUUUCUCCAUCCUUUUAAAAUCUCUCUCAUCUUCUCUUCAGAAUUGGAUAAACUAAGCUUUCCCACAAGGGUCAGGAGCACAGACACAUUCAGUACCAUUUCUCUUCUCAGCAGGAACCUAAUUUGGCAGCAUCUUGGGAGUCACCCAGCAUUAGUAAAGAGAGAACAGCAGAAGACUUAAAAUCCCCAUGAAAAAAGGCCAAUCUGAUAGCAUCCAUAGUCGGUGCACUAUGGCCAAUGUUCACAGAUUUAUGGGAAGAUUGGGGCGUCCAAUGGCUGGUCACUAUGAGCCUUACAUGCCAGAUCACCCUUGCCAUCCUCGGCAGCCGCCGGAGGUACAUGACCUCAAUCACCGUCAGAUACAUCAUCCUCGUCACCUACUUGCUCUCUUCUUACAUUGCGACCAUCGCCCUUGGCGAGCUCACUGUUCUCCAGAUCAACUAUCCUGAUCGACCAGACUACAUUACUGAGGUCGAGGGGUUGCUGGCACCGUUGCUCUUGAUGCAGCUUGGGAACCCCGACUCCAUAACCGCAUAUUCAGUCGAGGACAACCGGCUCAGCAUCCGGCAGAUGCUGAAUUUGUUUGUCAGGGUCGUUUUUGUCGUCUGGAUCCUGAUUCGCUGCUGGGACAGCGCAUCCCCCAUUCCAUUUUUGUACUUCCCCUUGUUUGCUGCUGGGAUCAUCCGAUCCGCGGCGACAGUGUGGGCCCUCAAGUCCGUUUACUGGGAGAGGUCGAGCAUAUCAGUGAAGGAUGUCUUCGAUGAGGAAACUGUCAGCAAGUUCUUCAACAAGUUCGACAGGCUCAGAUUGUCGAAGGAGCAAAAGAUCAUCUUGAAGGCGUACUAUCGGUUUGAAUGCUUGAAGCCACACAUUGUAAACUGGCUAUACCACCCCGAGUCGCUAUCUAAAUCUCAGUUAAAUGUAGAUCGUGAUUUAGCCUUCAUCACAACUGAGGUCGAACUUGGAUUCAUGUAUGACGUACUUUACACCAAGCAACCCAUUCUCUAUAAACCACUUGGUCUUAUCGGUCGCUUCACUAGCUUUUUCUGUCUAGUCUCGGCCUUGUGUGGAUUUGCUGUUAUUUCAAGAAUAUCUUCUUGAUAGACAUGUACAUCGCCUACACUUACGUAUUAUUGAUGGGAGUCACCGCCCUAGAAGGUUACCAAAUUGUUCGGCAACCUUUUUCGCCAUGGGCGAUCGUGGUGAUGAGCCAUCAUCAAAGAAAUUGCCCUGUGUUGACAAGGCUGUUGAAUUUCUUAGUUGAAAGGUAUAUGAAGCGGAAAAGGUGGUCAAACUCAGUCGGGCAACUCAACUUGUUGGAUGAUCGCCUGUACGAGUGGCCAUGGUCUAUCGGAAGGAUACUCAAACCACUGGGCAAAAAAGAGGUGACCUUGCGAAGGUAUUGGAUACACUCUCGCCCGAAAAUCCCCUGCUCUCUCAAGGAAUUGGUGGUGGAGAAUAUUGAAAAGUUCAAUGCGAUCAGACGCGGAAAGCCCUUCACAGAACGCGGGGACUGGACGCUUAAAGCUCACGAACUCAGUGGCGAUGUGAAGUGGACACAGGGAGCCCUUGAAGUGUUGGAAAAGAACAUCUCGACAACAUUUGACAAGAGCAUCAUCGUUUGGCACGUGGCAACUAACAUCUGCCUCCUUUCAGAGCCUGAUGAUUCUCCGAACUGUAAAGGAAGCGAUCUGCUAUCCAAUUACAUGAUAUACCUUCUAGCACUGCGACCCUACAUGUUGUCACUAACGACUGCCGACAUCACAUUGGAGCAUGCUUGCGCCAUUUGAAGCCAUUUCUCAGGUACAGAGACCGCGAUGAGGCCUUCAAGACAUUGUCGUCAGAAGAGAAUGUGCUCGAAGCCUCCCUGGAUCAGAUGGGAACCGUAAUCACCAGGGAGUGGCACGUGCUGUUGGACGCACAGGAAUUGGCUGCGGCACUGAAGGGCAAGGACAACAAGUGGCAGAUCAUAAGCAGCAUUUGGAUGGAGCUGUUGUGCUAUGCUGCAUAUAAUUGUCAAGUUUACCAUCAUGCGAAACAGUUGCGGCGAGGCGGAGAGCUUAUAACUCAUGUUUGGCUGCUCUUGAUGCACGAGACUGAUAAGUACACCCACACUCCCUAGACCAAGCCCACCGAAGAAACCAAGGGAUAGUCGCAAAGUGAGUCAUGAUCCUAGGAUUGGUCAUGGUCUGCACCUGAUUGUAGUGUGUGCGUGCGCACGCGAGCGUGUGGGCGUGUUUCUCUCUUUUUCUUUCUUGAUAAGAGGUGCUUUCUCAAUAAGAUCACUGUAUUCACAUUCAGCUUGGAGACUAGUCAAUGAAGCAUAGUGAUAUAUG